AAUAUGAGUUCUUCGUGGAGUUUCAUCCCGCGGCGGUUACUCUUAUAUUUCAUUACUCUUGCUUGCUCAUUAUUUCUGUUACACUUUUUCCCCGGGGAAACUCUAUUUCUGUACUGUGUUUUAGCGAUUUUCCCUUUUAAAUGCCCUUUAUUUUUUUGCAUCGCUUUCGUUCCUAAAGGGACAGCGGGGAAUUAGAUUCGACGGGUCGCGGUUUAUGUGAAUAUCUUAAUUUGAUUUGUAUAUGUUGAUGGGAUGAUAUCUUGAAUUGUUGAUCACGAGCAGCUGUGUGAUUUGGGGGUUCAAUUUUGUUGGGGUUCAUUCAACAAACAAAGGAUUCGUUGAAGAAUGCCGGAAUGUGUUGAUACUAACCAUCAAGUUAAUUUGUCAAAUGUACGUAUAAUUUCAUUCAAUAUAGGAACAAUCACAAGUCUUCCAGCGUUGUUCCCAGACACCUAAUUGGGUUAAGUGAUAGCUGGGAUUUUAAGUUAAAGCACGAGAAUGUAGAAAAAGUCUAAAUUAGUCGGAACUUGUAGAAGUGUGAACCAUGGGUACGUCUAAAGGACUAGCCAUUUCACAAGGGAGAGAACCUCUCUUUUCAUUUGGAUUGAUCUCUGAUGUCCAGUAUGCUGACAUUCCUGAUGGUCGCUCAUUCCUUGGAGUUCCUCGUUAUUAUAGGCAUAGCAUUCUCGUAUUACAGAGAGCAGUGAAAGCGUGGAAUGAUCAUCAGCGGCAUAAAUUUGUGAUAAAUUUUGGGGACAUUGUUGAUGGAUACUGUCCCAAAGAUCAAUCUUAUAGUACCGUGAAGAAAGUUGUGAAUGAAUUUGACAAGUUCAAGGGAGCCGUGUAUCAUAUGAUAGGCAAUCACUGUCUAUACAACCUUCCUCGCAGCAAGUUACUUCCGCUAUUGAACAUUCAGAGUCCUGAGGGCCAUGCUUACUAUGAUUUUUCUCCUGUGCCAGAAUAUAGAUUUGUAGUUCUGGAUGGCUAUGACGUUAGUGCCAUUGGUUGGCCUCAAGAUCAUCCAAGAACAUUGGAGGCCUUGAAAAUCCUCCGAGAAAAGAAUCCAAAUGUAGAUAAGAACAGUCCUGUAGGUUUAAUGGGGCUCGAAAGGAGGUUUCUCAUGUUCAAUGGAGCUGUUGGAAAGGAACAGAUGGAAUGGCUGAAUGGUGUUCUUGAGGAAGCAACUGAAUUGAAACAGAAGGUGGUGGUCUGUUGCCAUCUGCCUCUAGACCCAGGGGCCUCAACCGGAGAGGCACUGUUAUGGAACUACGAUGAAGUAAUAGAUUUGAUUCACCGAUAUAAUUGCGUUAAGCUCUGUCUAGCUGGACACGAUCACAAAGGUGGGUUCUGUAUUGAUUCCCAUGGGGUGUAUCAUAGAGUUCUCGAAGCUGCCUUAGAAUGUCCUCCCGGCACGGAUGCAUUUGGAUAUAUUAAUGUUUAUACUGACAGGAUAUCACUUGUGGGUACAGGCAGAAUGGCUAGUGAAGACAUGCAUUUUAGUCCCCAAGGCGAUUUUUAAUUUAAGGAAGACACAAAUUGUUUGAUGAUACAGCGUGCUGGGAUCUUAUUGUAAGUCCAACUCUGAGGGAAAUUGAUGUUUCUAUAAAUUUAUUAUGACUUGCAUGUUGAUGAGCGGUAAA